AUGACCAACCCACCCGACCCUGCCGAAUCCCGCCCCACACGAAACAUCCCAUCCGAAACAGCCACCACCAGCCGCUCUCGAUUCGGAUUCCCAGCCCCGCCUUCUUCCCACCCUAUCCCCCAUGGCACCGCCGAAAAUACCCUCCAAAGCACCCAGCCCCAGCUGCGCAAGUCCACCCGCAUCUCCUCCAGCUCGACAUCCCAAAUCGCCCGCCCCGGCUCCGCCCUCGCCCGCCCUGCUACUGCCCUAGGAACCCAUUCUGCGGCUGCCUCCAACAGCCGUCUCCCGCAGUCGAGCAGCAUCCCGGCGCCCAGCCGCAAGCGGCGCACCUCCUCCGUCUCCUCCCAGCGCCCCGCACCCUUCGGACACAUCCCAGCAUCCAACCCAACACGCGCCGCUGAUCCUUCUACUGAGCUCCAGAAACAGCUGGCCGACGCACUCGACCGGCUGAACGGCACUCAACAAGAAUGCAGCCAGUGGAAAUCGCGCGCAGAAGAAGCCGAGCUGAGGGUCGAACAAUCCCUGAAAGACCAGCACGAAGAGCGCGUCAGCUUCUGCCAAGAGAUCAAGCAGCUCGAAGACAAGCACGAAGAGACCAUCCAACAGAUCAAGCAAGACUCGGCCGCCAAGCUCGCUCGCUCGCAGGACGAACUCGAAAGAUUGGCUGCUUCGAACGCCAAAUCCCGGGAUGAGCUAGACAAAUCCACGGCUCACAUCGACCGACUGCAGUCCGAGAUCGAGCAGAUGGACAUCGACUCCGGUCGCAGUGCGGCCCAGGUCAUCGAACUCACCCGGCUGAAAACCGAGCUCGAAAGCAAGCUCCACGCUGCCCAAUCAGACCUCAAACAGGCCGAAAACAGGCUCGACCAGGUCACCCAACACUACCACAACAUCCAGUCCAAACUCCACCAGGAUCUCGACCAGAUGACCGCCGACUACCAGGCAUCCCUGCAGCAACAAGCCCUCUUCUCCUCAUCUGAUGUGCUCACGCAGUUCAAAACUAAGAUCCAUCAGCUGGAACAGAAGAUCAAGAGUCAAGAGCUAGAGCUCUCGAAAGCUAAGAAUGAGCUCGACCGCUUGGUCGGCGUGACUGCUCAGCAUCACGAGGAGAAACGGGAGUGGGACGUCGUCAGAGAUCAGUUAGAACACCAACUGCAAGAAUUAGACCGCCAAAUAUCCGCCAAAUCACAUCCUGCUAAUACUACAGCCGUCAAAGCUGAGACCGAGUCUUCGAUUUACGAGAAUCAACUAAUAGACCUCACCAUGAUGGUUGGCGACAGUAAAUGCGACAUCCUGCCGCCCAGGUCGGACGAACAAUCCGCACACAAAACGGACCACUCAUUGCUCGGUGGCUUAGCCCGGGAUUCGUCUGCACUUGGCCUGACCUUCCUGGACGACGAGAAUGAUCGUCAAGCGGACGCCGCGCUGGACCGGGAAGCUGCUGGCUCCCCUGGCUCGGAGGCGACGAUGGUCAACGCUGUUCCUCGCGAGGAGCACGACCGGGUCCUGCUGGACUUGAAGACCGCGGAAGCCGAGCUCGAGCAGCUCAAAGCCGAGCUGGCCGCGGUCAACGAGACGAUCUCGACCCUACGCCAGGGCGUCUCGACCGCGGAGCGCGACCACGCGGCCUCACAGACGGCCGCGCAGGCCGAAUUCGAGGCGAUCCGGACCGGGCUGGAGGAUCAAUUAACCCGGGCCCAACAGGCGAUCGAGGGCACGGUCCCGCGGGAGACGCACGACCGAUCACUCGCCGACCUCCGCACUCUCGAGGCCGAGCUCGCGGAUCUCAAGGCCCAGCUGCUCUCCUCCCAGGCGUCCGCCCACCAAUCGCUCACUGACCUCGCCGCCUCCCAGCACACCAUCGAGGCCCUCGAAGCCAGCCUGAGCACCCUGAAACAGGAGUCCGCUGGUCAGAUCGAGCGGCUCGCUCUAUCCCACGCCGCAGAAAUCGCGGCGUCUGCAGAAAAGAUCAAGUGCUUGCAGACAGACCUUGACCAAGUGAAUAGCCUGCACGCCCAAAGUUUAUCCAAGUUGGACGAACUAGCAGCGUUCAACCCCGAGCAAAUCGCGAUCCUGACUGCACGUCUGCGCGAGGAACGGGACUCAAGUCGCCGGGCGAUCGAGUUCAUGCACGUCGAGCGGCAAGCCCUCGAGGCCACCAGUCGCGACAUCAUCGAGAGGCUCCGGGGCGACCAGUCCCAAGUUCUGAGGGAGACUACUGUCGAGCGGAACAGCUUGGUCGUCACUAUUUUGACCCUGCAGGGCGCACUGAAGGCGUGGAAAAAGAUGGCAUCUAUUGCUCAGAUCCAAGAAGCCGGCCAAGUACACGGCUCUCCCUCCAAGGUCGACGGAGCGGUGAUGGAUAUCAGCUUCGCUGCCACUUCCAACAUCAGCCUCGCCUCCCAUCUCCGGGGAGACCUAGGCUUCGACAGUCCCGCUGGACCUGAUACGCCGGGUGCCGCGACUGAUCCCGCAGCUUCUACCGGUCCGAGCCCGGACUGUGGACGCGAAGAAGACCAUGCAGCUGAGGGUCUUGUUGACCUACAAGCCUACGAGGCCGCGCUGGACCAGAUCAGCCAACUGAGCAAACAAGUCGACGAGCUGAAAGAGCAACUCCUGCAGACGUAUGUGGCGCACCAAGAGCACGAGAAGCUGGCGCUCCUGGACGUCGAGAGCGUCCGUGCCGAGCUGGCGGCCGCCGAAGCCCAGCACGUCCAGACGCACGACCAUCAAGCUCGCACGAUCAUCUCGCUCGAGCUCCAGUUCGAGGGCAUCCAGCACCAGUUCCAUUCCUUGGAACGUUCCUACACCUCCCUCCGCGGCGAGAAGGAGGACCUGACGAACGUGCUGGCCCAGGAAGUCGAGGCGUCUGCGCGGAUCGGGGAGGACCGAGAGCGGUUGCGUGCCCGGAUCGCGGCGAUGGACGAGGAGAUGCACGCUCACAAGGUGUUGUUGACGGAGCUUGAGCAGAAGCUCGUCCGUGCGGAGGCAGACUUGGCGGCGAGCUCGGAGACCCGGACGGAGGCGCUGGCUUCCGUUGAUUGUCUGCGCGUCCAAGUCGCGUCGAUGGACGAGGAGAUUCGUGGUUAUAAGGCACAGAUCGCGGACCUUAGAGAGAAGCUCUCGCACGCUGAGGGAGAGCUGGGUGCGACAUCAGAGACGCACACGUCGAUGCUGGCUGCCACUGAUAGUCUACGGGCCCAAGUCGCAUCGAUGGACGAGGAAAUGUGCGCCUAUAAGCAACAGAUCAAAGACCUUGAAGCGAAGCACUCGGCGGCCAUCAAUGAGUUCGAUGGCGCCGAUGAGAGACGGACGGAGGCGAUAGCUACUGUUGAGUGUCUGCGGGCCCAGAUCGGGUCGAUGGACGAUGAAGUUCGUGGCUAUAAGCAGCAGAUCGCGGACCUCGAAGCAAAGCACUCGCUCGCUCACGAAGACUUGGCCGCGACAUCUGAGAAACAGACGUCGCAGCUCACAAUCCAGGUCGAGCAGCUCACCCACGACCUCCGACUGCAAGAGAAACUCGCCGCAGAUCUCCAGGAACAGUUCGAGGCGGCUGUCUUGGUCCAGAAGGAACACAUGGCUACCGUCGAAAAACUAGAAGAAACUUUGCAAACUCAGAAGGGCGAUCGUGAGACUGAGCUGGAAAGCAGAGAUGCCGCGCUCGUUGCUCAGCAAGCCAGCCUGGAGAAACAGCUGUCCGAUCUCCAGCUUUCACUAGAGGGGAAGACGGCGCUCAAUGUGCAACUGCAAGAGCGCGUUGGUGUCUUGGACGCCCAGAUCCAGGAAGAACAAGACGCCCAUCGAGCUCUCCAAGCCGAGAGUCUAGCCAAACUGUCCGAGGCGAUCGAGCUUCGGGCCGCCACGGAGGAGCAACAUCGGCUGCUCCAAAGUCAGGUCGACGAACUGGUGGAGAAGAUCGAAGCGUUGGAGGCUGAGAAGGGAUCGCUAACUAACCAACUCGAGUCAGCUACCGAAGAGCAGCAAGCGACGGCCGCCGACCUCACUCGCACCCAGGAAGAAUUGGCGCACGUGACAAGCUCCAGAGACUCGAUGGCUCGACAGCUGGACCAGAUGAACGACGACGUCCGACUACUAACCGAAGAGCUUCAACAACUCAAAACCGACCAAAGCCUCGACAAGCAAUCCAGCGAGAAAUAUGAGACUCUCUUGGGUGAAUUCAAGGCGCUCGAGGAACAACUUCCCACCUUAUCGAGCGAGCUUGAGAUCGUCCGUUCCGAGCUGGAUUCGGCGAGCGGGAUGGUAGACGACAUGGCGCGCGAAGUGGCGGAGAAAGAAGCGAUGAUCAGCCAGUUGAAGGCCGACCUUGCGACGGUCAGCAAGCUGCAUCGUCGCACAUCCUCCGCGGCUCCCGACCCCUCCGACCGCAUCCCCGAGCUCGAAGCGCGCAUCCAGGCUAAAACGCUCGAGGCCGAAGACGCCGUCGAUAAGCUGCUCGAGGAGUUGCAGAAGAAUAAACGCUUGGCCCACUUGGUCGAGACUCUCAAAAUCAAGUUGAAGAGCAAGGCCAACAAAGCGGGCGUUCCGCCAGCGGAGCCUCGGCUGGCUGAAGGAUCUGAAGGAAGCGACCCGGGCCGAGUGAGUGGGAGAGCAGCCGGCACCGAAGAGGCAGUCGGGGUUCCAUCGAGCAGCCGGAAGCGGAAGCACGACUCGGGCGGCCCGGAUGCAGCAGCUUCGCUGCGCGUGCGGGGCCAGCUGGACGAGGCGAGCGAGGGGAAGGAGAAUGCGGACGGGAGCCAGGGCCGCCAGCCGGUGCGGCGGAAGACGAGCGCGAGUGCCGCCGACGACGGGCCCCCGGCCUCAGCCGUCCUGCGCCCCGUCUCCGUCAACCAGCCCGGCCCCUUCGUCCUCGUCCCCCCCACCACUUCCGCCCUCGACGCCGCCAAGCCCGCCGCACUCAAAGCCGCAAACUUGCCCCCGGCGGCCCCGGCUACUAACUCGUCCCUCCUCGCUAGCAUCCGCCGCAAACAGCAGCGCAAACAGCUCGCUAUCUCCGCACUCAACCCCCGUGCCCCCUCCCCCUCCACCACCGCCGCUGGCGUCGGUCCGGGAAAGACGCUGGACGAGCCCCGACGGACCAGCUUGAGACUCGUACGCAAAGAGCAGGAAAAUCUCUAG